UAAAUCUUUACCGAGCUGGGUUCUCCCCUUGUCGUCGGCGCAUGGCGGCGCCGGCAGAUGAGCCGCCGCCACCUCUCCCGGCGGACGCCGUCGUGGAAAUUCUGUCUCGCUUGGGCGACACCGUCGCCAUCAUCCGCUGCGCGGCCACCUGCAAAGACUGGCGCCGCCUCAUCCUAGAGCCGUCCUUCCUUUCCCACCGCCGCGCCGGCCCCUCGACCCUGCUCGGAUUCUUCUUCCGGGACACCUCCCAGAGGCUGCCCCGCCGCCGCCUCUACCGCCGCCGCCCCACGCGCUUCCUCCUCCUCGGCCCCCCUCAGCCGCCGGCAACCGCCGCGCUCCACCUGUCCCGAUUCCUGCCGAACGCCGCCGACCUCCGCGGGUCCGCCCCCGUCGCGUCGGGCCCCGGCGGGCUUCUCGCCCUCCGCCGCUCCCCGGCCAGCUGGCACGGCUCCACCAAGAUCUGGGUCUGCGACCCCAUGGCCGGGACCUCCACACUUCUUCCCCCUCUCGCGCCCACACAUUCCUCCCCGGAGAGCUUCGUGUUCCUCGACGCCGACGCCUCCUCGUUCCGCCUGCUUGCGGCGAUGGAGUACCCAACGGCACCAUACAUCCUCAUGCGCAUCUUCUCCUCCCGAGCUGGGCAGUGGGGCACGGCCGUGACAGCCCAGCUUCCUGACAACAUGGUGCUCUUCCUCAGCUCCCCUGCCGUCGUCCACCGUGGCGCCGUCCACUGGAUAUGCGGCACCCGAGCCCUCCCGAACGCGGUGCACGCACUGGCGGUGCGCCCCCACGAGACGGCGGAGGCGUCCGUGUGCCGUUUCGACCUUCCGCUGCGUGCAGGCAUGCACCGCCUGACCCACUCGCCAGGGGCGGUUCGCUUGUCCAGUUCAGCUCAGGGGUGUCUCUCCUUGGUUCUUCUGGAUGAACCUGUGAUCUCCAUCUGGAAUUUCCAAGACGGCGCCACUGGUGCCAAUUCGUGGGUGCUCCACAAGACGGUAUAUCUGAUGUCCGUGCUGCCAUCGACCAUUUUUGAUGAUCCUACUGCGGAGCGGGAGCUCUCUAUUGAAGCAUUGUGUGACCAGAGCGGCUCCUUGUUCUUGCGUGCGGAGGACGAGUGCCUUUUUGUGCUCAACCUCGAGACAGAGAUGGUGUCAAAAGUAGGUGAUGAUCAUUGUGUCAAGUACCUGUGCCCAUAUGUGCCGGAUUUGAGUUCUUGCCUAGGAGCCAUGAAAAAUUUCUGAUGUUGGAUCAAAGUUCAGGUUUCUGUUCUCAUCACCUGGUUUAAUUCCUGUUAAGUGGAAUGGAGUGUUUAGUUCUGUUUGGAUGUAUUUUACCAUGGGUCCAUCUUAUCUGUGAUGUAUCACAUAUUUAUUGUCACACAUGGCAGACUUAUACUGUUUUAUUUACAACUG